AUGUCUUCCAAUAUUAGGGCAGAUAAGAAGCAAUCGCCGUCGUCGUCUCUGAUUACGUCACUUCCGGAGAACGUCGUCGUUGACAUCUUGGCGCGUGUACCGAGACGUGACUAUCCAAGAGUGUCCCUCAUUUUUAAGUACUUCCGGGACGACCGUGUGAACCGUUUGUAUACUCUCCGCCGGAAAGGAAACGGCAAUAGCAGCCGACGCCACUUGGUCCUAAUCCCUGGGCUCCCUGAUAUGCCUCGUAAAGGAAGCUAUGUAGCUAUGUGUUCGAGGAUAUAUGUGUUUGAUGGGAUUAAUUCUUACAUCAUCGACUGUACAUCACACACUGUGCAACAUCUCUUGAAGAUGCCUGUCCCCAUGUCUGAUACAGCCGCUGACGUCAUCGGCGAAACACAAAUGUGGGAAGGUCCAAUGACAGUGCCAGGGAUGAAGAUACGUAAUGGUUGCCUGGUGGUGAUGGCUGGUAAGAUGUACAUGAGGGAUCUCCAGAAGAGCUUUGUGUACAACCCAAAGGAAAGCACAUGGGAAACGGACGAGGUGCUUAACUCAAUGGAGUGGGAGAACGCGUGUGUUGUUGAUGAUGUUUUGUACUUUUACGAUUAUUUUGGCAAGGAAUUGAGAGCGUAUGAUCCAGAGCACAAGUGUUGGGGAGUGGUGAAAGGUUUGGAUGAUUUUUUGGCUGAGAUGAGACGUGUUGGUUGUUUUUGGCCAGUGACUGUGAGUUACGCUGGCAAACUGUGGAAGUGA